AUGGCAGGCGGUCCUGGAGGCAACUCGCGCGGCCGAGGCGGCAAGUUCAAGAAACCCACACGUGGAGGCGGCAAGCACUUCUCGCGCGACCUUCGACCCCUGGAUGCCGACGGCAAUGAGAUCUCCAUGUGGAGCACCGAUGCCAAAAAGAAGGACGAGUCGGACUCUGACGAGGAGUCCGAGGAGGAGUCUGAAGAAGAGUCCGACGACGAGGCCGGCCCAUCCAAUGCCGCCGCCCAGGAACUGAGCCGUGAAGACCGCAAGAAGGAGAAGAAGGCCCGCAAGGACGCCGCCAUUGCAAGGGCGAAGGCUGCCGCUGUUCAGGUCGGCGACCUGCCCCCAAGCGACGGCGACUCUGACGAUGACGACGACGACGACAUGCCCGCCAACCCGAACCACUCCAAGGCUGCGCGCAAGCAGCUUGAGCCCGUUAGCGUUGACGAGGCGGCCGAGGCUGUGUCCGGGCUGAGCGUCAAGCAGCCACAGAGCCGGCGCGAACGGGAGACUCUCGAGGCUGCCCAGGCCCAGGCUCGCUACAGGAAGCUGCAUGAGGAAGGCAAGACUGACCAGGCCAAGGCCGACCUAGCACGGCUGGCGGCCAUCCGUGAGAAGAGGGAGGCCGACAAGGCCCGGAAAGAGGCCGAGCGUCAGGAGAGAGAGGAGCAGGAGAAGGCUAAGCGGGCUGAGAUUGAGGCUAAGGAGGCCAAGAAGCGAGAGGCGGCCCUCGGCAAAGGGGCAUCAGGCAAGAAGUCGGGUAAGAAGUCAAAGUAG